CAUGUCGAUCGAUUGAUUGUUGCGGAGUCUGACACGCACAACCAUCAUUUCGGACACUAUGAAGCAACGGAAGAGCGUUUCAAGCGUUCCGACCUCUGGAUCGUUCCAGAGCUCCAGAGAGACCGUAUGCCCAUCAAGGAUCAACGAGAGAAAUGCGGUAUCGAAGAUAGCGCCCAAGCGAAAACGCAAAACACGACAGCAUAAAGCCAUACAAUCUAACAACUUUGUUCCAAGUAUCGAAAAUCCUUGCGUCUCAGAUUGUUCUCAGGUCACCAUUCCUCCAGAAGCGAUCGUAGAUCUGCAAAUCUCGACCUCAGAUGAAUCAUUGUCUGGGCGACGCACAUCAGUCCCUGAAACUACGAAGCGGAGCGACGACUCAAUCAAUCCACAUGCGCCAAUUCAUCCUAACUUCGAGGAUAGCAUGUCAUCUACAGCAAUUUCCGAAUCUACUCACGCGGUCAUGGCUUCUGAACUGGCCUUCUAUAAGGAGCGCUAUCAAAAAGCUAAAGAGGAAUGUCUCAUUCUAGAAAACCAGCGGCGACAAAUUGAGAGUCUAGGGCAACUGCCGGGAGAUGUAACAAAAGUUCCCAAGCAAAACACCUGGAAAAUCGCUAUCCUGAGAAAGAAGCUCGAAGAUCGAGCGGAUCUAGAACGGUAUCUUUCCUUCAGCAAGGCCCCAAAUGCCGUGUCAAACUCACAAAGACUCAUUGGUUUAUUCCAAAACCUAAAGUAUAGCAUCGCUACAGUGCUAGUUAUGGAUGGCGCUAAGGAAUAUCCUAUCGAGAGCCUCCUAGGUAUUUCGGUCGACUUAGAUGGUCUUUUGUCCAGCGUGUUUGGAAUCGACACUCAUUGCAAGCCCGAAGGAACACUAAACACCUUCCCGACUUUAACCUCCUUUGAGCUUGUACAAGCUCUCACAGGAGCUUCCAUCUAUAAUUGGGUGUUUGGAGCCGAGUUCCGAGCGCAUGUGAUGCGCACCACACCGCUCCUGGAAGAGUAUCGCAGCCUCAUCACUACUUGGUGUGGUCACGAAAGUCUCUAUGACUUGGACCUUGCCGUCCAUCGGUCCAUCAUAGAGAGUGAAAGCUUCAAGGAAGUCAUCAUUCCAAAGAUGAGCAAAAUGUUCAGAAACCGCCUUACACAAACACUCCACCCUUUAUUCGGCAAAAGUUUGAAACGCAAAGCCAUUAAGAAACUGCGAUCUUCUUUAAGCGCCGUGUUCAAAUUAGCAGUAGAGGUUCGCGUAGAGUCUUUGUUGAGCGCCAAUCACUUUGAACUCAUAUGGCCUAUAGCAGGAUCAGCGGCUAACGAAGUAGAGAUGGAAGUGAUCAAUUCAAAUCCGAUAACUGAUGGGAAAGUAGUCAAGUUGCCUCUCUUUCCAGGUCUACGCGCAUUCCGCAAGGAGAAGACGAUGGUUGAAUAUCGCGGAUUUGCAAAGUGUACAUCGACCGAUUUGCCUCAAGAUUACGUGGUGAAAGCAUUGGUACUUCGUAGAAUCUGAAUUUGCGAUCAGGGAAUCGCUGGGGUUG